UGACACAAGUUUCUUCUACCCUGGCGGGGCCUCAACCCUGGGCCAGUGGGGGUGGCCUGCCUCCCUCCACUGCCCAACUCAGCCCAGGUGGGUCCCCCAUUCCACAAGCCCCAGUUCCACUCCUGUCCCUAUAGCCAGGGCAGAGCCAGAGGGAGGCAAGCCAAGGAUGAUGGAAUCCCCUUCAUCCCCUGCUCUGCAGUGUUUCCUGGCUGAGGCCAGGGUGAACCACCCCCUGGAAAGAGGGAUUCAGGAGCUGAGCCUGGGAGACCAAGAUGCCCCAUCCAACUUCUGCCAGGCAUCCAUUCAUCAGAGGCUUGGGAUCUUUCUCACCAGACCUGGGAACAGUGAACUGGAAGAGAGGCCAGCUUCUCCAAAGUCCCUGAACCUCCCUGCCCCGGGAUCAACAUCAAGAGACAGUGGUUCGCCCCUCACCAUAGAAAGUGACAUGGACCUCACAGCCAAUCUGCUGCCCUCUGGUGGGAUGCACUCCCAUCGGCUCACCUUUCGGACCCCAGUUACUGAGAGCACUCUUGGUCCGCACUUGCCCAAUCCCUCACUUCCUGGGAGCCCCAGUUCACAGGUCCAGGAUAAGGAAGAGGUCAGCUCAUGCCCCUUUGGGUCUAAGGCCCUGAGCCUCACAUCUACUUUACCGUUCAGCUUGGGUACCAGCCGGUCCAUCUUCUUGGAGCCCCGGAAGCCACUGAGGGGAGACCCUGCACCUGAGAAGUACUGGGGUCAGGCACACCCCUGGGCAGGGACUCCCAGUCUGAACCCAAACUCUAGACUAGGUCUUGUUCCUACCACUCUGCCCUGGGUUCGGGAUAAACCCUGGACCUUGCCUGCUGACUCCUCUGUGUUACAGAGGGAGGUACCUGAGACUCCAAGGGCCCCUCCCAUUCCUGUGGAAGUGGUGAUGGGCAAAGAUCCAACAGUAAUAACCCCUGGGGCGCAGGGAGAGCCCUUGGACUUAGGGGCUGAACUCCAGGGAAGGGAGCAGGGAGGGGUAUCCUCAGAGGGACCUGGAGAGGAAGCAGGAGAGGGUGAGGAUAGACCAAUGGACAGUAGGGCCAGUUUAAGUGGGGGAGACUGCAAGACGGACAGUCAAAAGCUAAAACUAGGUCAGGAGUGUUGGGUCAGUUCCCUGAAACCCUCUGUGGAAGAUAGCUAUGGGCGCCAAGUGAGAGAGGCAGGCUGCAUGCUUUUGGAAUGGUUUCGAUGCGUCUUCCUGGACAGUGACAAUCACAGUUUCUCCCUGCUCGACUCUGGCCUGGCCUUGACCACUGGUGGCCUUACCAUGAAUGCUGGCAGCCAGGAACACCCGGCUCUGCGUGUGGCCUUCCUAACUAUGAGGAAUGGCAGGAAGCUAGGCAUGGCAUUCCCUGGUUCCAACCUCUUCUACUACUACUCCCUGGGCCUUAACUUCUUUGUCACUGCUCAGCUCAGCAGCCACUGGUUCCGAGUUCAAGACCGUGUCACUGGUGAGCAGAUGCUGAUGAAGAAGGUGCCUGUGGUCUCCGACUGGCAGAAGAUGCUUCAUCACUUCCUAUUCCUUCCCCCGGGGCCGGGACUUCUGGUACCCUACGCAGUCCUGUAUGACCGCCAGGGCUCUCUGCUCUACCUUAUGGAGGACCCUGGAGUUCUAACUGUGGGGCAGCCACCAGCAGGUCAGCAGCUGGACAGACUGAAGUGCCUCCUGGAGAUUCUCAGCUUCCUGCAAUUCUGCCAACACCACGGCUUGCAGCUUGAGGAAGUGGACUCAGGCCUGCUUUAUACCCACCAGGGAAUCUGUUUUGACCCCAGUGGACUCAGCAGCAAUGAAGGACUUUAUGUUUUCAGAAAGACUUUGAGAAAUGCGCUCCGGCUGGCGUGGAACACCCCACAGGAGGACACCCCAGCAGCAGAGGCCCUGUUGGAACAGAUGUGGAGGUGGCUGGAGGAGGACAUCAGGGGCGAUGAAGAGGAUCUGGAGGAGGCCACUACUUCUCUUGACCACCCUGGCAUCCCAUGAACGGAGGCCCCUGCCAGACCUCAGGGAACAGUGGGACACAGCACUUUAUAGCACCAAAGCAUUCUGACCUUCUAAAGUCAGAAUUGUCUCUCCAGAUUGUUUUUCACUGCCCGUUUCACAGAUGGGAGACAACUUACUCUCAGGUCACCCCAGCUGGCCUGGGGCUACCUCCAACACGAGAAACUUAAGCAUCCUGAUUCCCAGCAUACCAAGGACCAGCUCCUGUUUUCUUCCUGAUCUGCCUUAUGGGGGGAGAACUCUGGGUCACUCUCAGGACUUUGCCCAGGGACAUGCUGGCCAUAUUUUACUCUCAAGGAACCCCAGUGCUCACAUGCUGAGUACCCCAGCCCAGACUUCCUCACCUCAGGGUUAAGGUCCUGGGUUCUCCACUCCAGUGACUACCUGCUCCAAGAACUUGGAGGAGGGGGCUGCUUGCCCCACCCCAAGAGGCACAGGUAGUCUGGGAUCUCUUCAGCCUCUCACAGAAGUGCCCACGGAAGGUGGGCCACCAGGGUUUUCCCGAAGAGAAGGGAACAUUCCUGGGGGCCACCAUGGUGCUGUUUUUAUUUGGAAAAUAAAUUCCCAAGGAAAACA